GGUGCAGGCGUCACUCCUGUCUGGGAACCAGCUCCCCGCUGCCCUGCGCACGGCGGGCUGGCAUCGGGCCCCGCGGCAAGCGGAGCAGUGAUUGUGGGGCAGUGUUUGUGGCGAGGCGAGGGAAGAAGAAGAGCAAACUGCACAGGAUCUGCGGAGGUCUUCUCAUAGGGCAACAGUAGGGCUCUUUACCACUGAAAGCAAAGGAAAGUGGGAGACUGGCCUGGAACUGUGGAGCUGGGUCUACAGGUCUGAAAGGCUUGAGAUCACUGGAAGCAAGGAAAUAAGGAGGAUAUUAUUCCUGAUCAGUAUAUGCUGGUCCACAGAUCUCAUGAGUUUAUAGAUCUCCUUUAGGAUAUACCUCCAGUCAAGAGAAGGAAAGAGGAGGGAACUGCCUUGAUCAUUACAGGUCCAUUUCCAGUGGCAGCUCUGCUGGCCUUUGAGUGGCUGAAGACCAGCACCCUUGCAGGGUUACAUGCAGACCUACUACCCUCUUUUCCCAGUCUAAUUGAACCGUUUUGUAUCUUGUUCUUGCCUUCAUCAAGGGUGAUUACAUGGGUCGCAUUCAGGAAGUGGGCUUGGUGACUGCAGGACUGAUGUUCUGGGCUGGUGCCUGCUACUGCAUUUACAGAUUAACCAAGGGAAGAGCCCAGAGUGUGAGGCGACUUACCAGAAAUGGGUCCAAAGUCAAGAUGGAGACUGUGGCUGGGAUACAAAAGCAGACCUUGGCCAUGUGUGAAGCCAUGGUUGGGACAGAGAUUGAGACUAGACCCAAGCCCAAGACCGGAGCAGAAGCUGGAGCAAGAGAUAGGUCUGGAGCUGAAGUAGAGACUAAGGUCACUGCUACAGACAGAAGCAAAGCCUAUUCUCAAGCCAAGGCAAUGGCUGAGGCAGAGACAGAGACCCAAUCUGAGGCCAAAACGGUGGCUGGAACAGUGAUAAUAACAGAGGCAGUGAUUCUGACUGACACCAAAGCCAGUGAAGUGGCCAUGAGGGAGGCAGUGACCCAAACUGACUCUGGGUCUGGGAAACUGAUCAAGAAAGAGGCAGUGACCCAGACCAAAGCUAAAGCUUGGGCACUUGCUACUAAGGUAGAGACCAAGAAAGAAGCAAUGACCCAGACCAAAGCAGAAGCUCAUAUAUUGGCCGGAAAAGAGAUAGAAAUGAACAGAGUGGUGGUGACACAGAAUGAGGCCUUGACAGUAAUCAGGGAAGUGACCAAGACGGGCACCAUAAACAAGAUCAGAAGUGUGGCUGACACCAAGGCAAGAGCCCUGGAAGAGACUGUGAGUGUGGCUAAGACUCUGUCUGAGGUCUGGUCUGGUACCUCAGUUGAUGCUCAGGGAAAUCCUAAUUUUGUGUCCGAGGCAGAAGCUGGAGCAGUCAUGAAGCCCUGUUCACUGUCUCAGGCUGUGGCCGAGAUCCAGAUUGACAGUGUUCUUGGUACUGAGGUUGAGGCCAAGGGGAAUUGCAAAACCAGGUCUCAGGCAGGGUCUUUGGCAGAUAUGAGGGCUUCUGCUCAGCCUCAAGUUGUAGCCAAGGCCCAGGCUGAGGCCAUGCUUGGGGUGGCAGUUGAUGUAGGGGGUAAUACCAAGGCCAUGUGUGAAGCAGGGGUUGGGGCAGAUACAAGUGUUUCUCCACAAUCUCAGACUGUGACCAAGAAACAGGCUGAGACAGUGUCUGGUGCCAGGGUUGAUGACAGGGCAAAUACCAGUGUCAUAUCUAGGGCAAUGAUGGGAGCUGACAUGACGGCUGCCACACAGCCUCUAGUUGUAGCCAAUACUCAGAUUGAAUUUGCACCUGAUGCCUGGGUUAAGGGUAGAGACAGUCCCUAUGCUGUAUCCAUGGUGAGGGCUGGAACAGACACUGAGUCCCAUAUGCAGCCUCAGCCUAUGAUCCAUGUCCAGGCUGAUGCUGUGCCUGAUGACAGGGUUAAGGCUCAAGGCAAUGCCAACACCAAGUCUAAAGAAGAAGCUGGGACAGACAGAAAGGCACAGUCUCAGACUUCGACCAAGAGCCAGGCUGAGGCUCUGCCUACCACCAGACGUAAAGCUAGGAGCAAAGCCAAAGGCAAGAGUAAGGCAGGGCUUGGAAUGGAGAUGAAAACCUGUGCACAGCCUCAAGCUGGGGUCAGGGCCCAAGCUGAUGUUUCCCCUGAUUCCAGAAUUGAUGGCAAGGGUGAUCCGGAUGCUAUUUCCGGGGCAGGGGCUAAGGCAGAACUGAGGGCCUCUGGUGAACCUCAGGAUAUGGCCAUUUCUCAGAGCGAGGUCUUACCUGGUGCCCAGAAUAAGGUCCAGGACAAUCCCAAUGCUGUUUCUAAGGCAGAGACUGGGUCAGAUACAAAGAGCUCUGCUCAGUCCCAGGCUGUGGCCAGUUCCCAGGGGGAAGCCUUGCCUGGUGUCAAGAAGAAGGCUCUGGGCAGUGCCAGUGCUGUGUCUAAGACAGGGGCUGGUCCAGAUGCAAAGGGCUCGGCCCAGCCUCUGACUGAUGCAGUAGGCCCUGCCCAGCUCCAGGCUGUGGCCAGUUCCCAGGGUGAGGCUUUAUGUGGUGUCAAAAAUAAGGCUCGGGGCAAUGCCACUGCUGUGUCUAAAGCAGGGACUGGACAGGAUACAAAGAGCUCUGCCCAGCCCCAGGCUGUGGCCAGUACCCAGCGUGAGGCCUUGCCUGGUGUCAAGAAGAAGGCUCGGGGCAAUGCUGGUGCUGCGUCUAAGGCAGGGGCUGGGCCAGAUACCACAGGGCCUACUCAGCCCCAAGCUGUGGUCAGUUCUCAGAGUGAAGCCUCACCUGGUACUAAGAAUAAGGUCCGGGGCAAUCCCAAUGCUGCGUCUAAGGCAGGGGCUGGGUCAGAUGCAAAGGCCUCUGCUCAGACUCCAACAGAUACAACAGGCCCUGCUCAGCCCCAGGCUGUGGGCAAUUCCCGGGGUGAAGCCUUGCCUGUUACUAAGAAUAAGGCCCAGGGAAAUCCCAAUUCCAUGUCUACAGCAGGAACUGGGCCAGAUGCAACGUGUUCUGCCCAGCCUCAAACAGAUACAACAAACACUGCCCAGCCCCAAGGUAUGGUCACUUCUCAGGGUGAGGUCUUGCCUGGUGCCAAGAAUAACGUCAGGGGUAAUCCCAACAAUUUGUGCAAGGCAGAGGCUGGAGCAGACCCCGUGGGCUCUGCUCAGCCCCAAGCUGAGUCUGAUUCCCCAGGUGAAUCCUUGCCUGGUGCCAGAAGUAAGGUCUGGGGCAAUCCCAGUACUGUGUCUAAGGUGGACUCUGGACCAGAUACCAAAGGCUGUGUUCAACCACAAGCUGCAGCCAGUUCCCAGGGUGAGACCUCGUGUGGUACUAAGAAGAAGGCUCGGGAUAGCGCCAGUGCUGCAUCCAAGGCAGGGUCUAAGCCAGAUACCAAGGGCUGUGUUCAGCCCCAGGCUACAGCUAGUUCCCAGGGCGAAACCUCGUGUGGUACUAAGAAGAAGGCUCGGGGCAGUGCCAGUGCUGCGUCUAAGGCAGGUGCUGGGCCAGCUACAAUGGACUCUCUGCAGCUGCAAACAGAUACAACAGGCUCUGCCCCAUCCCAGGCUGUGGCCAGUUCCCAGGGAGAGGCCUUGCUUGGUGCCAGGAGUAAGGUCAGGGGCAAUCGCAUCACUGAGUCUAAGGGAGAGGCUGGAGCAGGUAUGGUGGGCUCUGGCCACCAUCAAUCUUUAGCCCAUUCCCAGAGCAAGACCUCGUUGGGGGCAAAGGACAAGGCUAAGCAUAAGUGUGAGUCAGAAGCCACAGGAGAUGUCUCUGUAAAGCCCAAGGCUAAGGCCACGCCUACUUCAGAGAGUGAAGGUGGGGCAGGCCCUCAGGCCUGCACAAAGUCUCAGUCUAAGGUCCAUGACUACUACUGGAAUGGGAUUGGUGUUGAGGACUGGGUUGCUUCAGAGCGAUGGAUCAAAUUUAGGUUUCAGGCUAGGGAUGGAUACUGGGAGAAUAGCACGUCCUGGGCUGAUGAUGAAAAUGAAGCCAAUACUGAGUCCUGGAGUGUGGCUAAGAGUGAGAAUGAGGUUGGUGUUCAGUCCUGGGCUGGAGCUGGGGACCAGGCCAGUGGAGGGUUCUGGGCUGGGAGUCAUGCCAGUCAACAGUCCUGGCCUGGGGGACAGGCCAAUGGAGGUUACUGGGUAGAGGCUACGGACAGGGCUGUUGGAGGGUCCUGGGCUGUAGCUGAGAACCAGGCCAGUGGGACUUCUUGGGCUGGCACUGGGAACCAGGCUGUUGUGGUGCCCUGGACUGGAGCUCAGGUGAGUGACACUGCCUGGGCUGGGGGCCAGACCAGUGGGGUAUCUUGGACUGGGGGAGAGGCCAUUGGAGUAUCCUGGGCUGUGGUUGAGAACCAGGCCAGUGGAGCAUCCUGGACUGGGGCGGAGGCACAGGCUGGUGGAAGGUCCCAGGAUGGGGCUGGGAUUCAGGCCAAUGGAGCCUCCUGGGCCCAGGCUACAAGUGGGAAUGUGCUUAACAUUGGGUACUGGGCUGUGGCUGUGGACCAGGCUACUGGAGGUUCCUGGAUUCUGACUAGUGACCUCUCUGGUGGUGCAACCUGGGUUGGGACUAGUGAUCUGGCCAAGCCUAGACUUGAGGUUCAGGCCACUGAAAAUGUGUCCUGGACUGGGACUGGGCUGGGGCCUGAAAACCAGUCCAGUGGAAAGGCCUGGGCUGUCACUGCCAACCAAGCCAGUGGAGGGUCUGGGCUAGCGUCUGUGGAUCAGUCCAGUGGUGUGUCCUGGGUUACAACUGGAGAACAGGCCAGUGGAGGGGCUAGGCCAGGGAUUGUAGGCCAGUCCAGUGCUGGGUCCUGGUCUGGCACUGGGAACCAGGCCAGUGAAGGAUUAUUGGUUGGGACUGUGGAGCAGGCCAGUGGGGGUUCCUGGACUGGGACUGGUGAUCAGUCUCAUGGUGGGUCCAAGCCGGGAUUUGAGGAUGGACUUCAUGUCAGUGAAGAAGGUUCUUUGCCCCGUGCUGGUGGUCAGGCUGAUGGACAGUCUCAGUUGGGACCCGAGGAGCAGCCCAGUGGAGGGUCCUGGGCUAAUUCUGGGGACCAAGCCAGUGGAGGGUUCUUGGUUGGAGCUGCAGACCAGGCCAAUGAAGGGUCCUGGGUUGGACCUGGGCAUCAGGCUGGUAGUGAGGCAAAGCCUAGGUAUGAGGAUCAGGCCAAAUCUGGAAGAGUAUCUUGGGCUGACAGUGCAGGUCAGGCUAGUGGAGGGUCUAUGCUGGGGCCAAGGGACCAGCCUGUUGGAGAUUCCUGGGCUGCUAUUGGAGACCAAGCCAGUGGAGGAUCCAGGCCAGUGCCAGAGAAUCAGUCCAGUGGAUGGUUCUAUGCUUGCAGUGGGAGUCAGGCCCAUGCAGGAGGGUCCUGGGGUGGGGCUGGUGACCAGGUGGUUAGAGGGCCUGUGCUCGAGCCCAUGAACCAGUCCAGUGGUGGGUCCUGGGCUGAUACUGGGAGUCGAGCCAGUGGAGGGUCUUGGGCUGGGGCUGGGGCUGGGGCUCAGGCUCAGGCUGGUAGCUGUUCCAAACCUGGAUUUGAGGAUCAGGCCAGUGGUGGAGUGUUCUGGUCUAGUGCUCAGGACCAGGCCAUUGGAGGGUCUAGUCCAGGGCUUGCAGACCAGGCCAGUGGUGGGUCCUGGACUGGCACUGGGAGUCAGGCCAGUGAAAGGUCCUGGAUUGUGACUGGGGAUCAAGGCAGUAGCUGUUCCAAAUCUGGAUUUGAGGAUCAGGCCAGUGGAGGAGGCUCCUGGGUUGGCACUGAGGGUCAGGCUUGUGGAAAAUCCUGGACUGGAGCUAAGCCUGCGAAUGAGGCCGGAAGAGCAUCUAGCAUGGGGCCUGAAGAUCAGGCAAGUGGAGGGUCGUGGAUGAACCCUGGAGAUCAGCACAGUAGAAAUUCUCAGGUAAGAGCUGGGGUAGAGGCCAGGGAGGGAUCCUGGUUUGGAGCUGGGAGUGAGGCUAGCACAGGGUCUUGGUUCUGGAGAGGGGAAGAAGUUUGUAUUGUAUCUAGUCCUGGGAAUAAAAACGAAGCCAGUAUUAAAUCCAGCUCAGUAGUUGGGAAAGAAGCCAUCAUUGGUUCCAGAUUUGGGGCCGAGAACAAGGCCAAUGUUGGGUCCUGGAUGAAAUCUGAUGAGGCUGUCUGUAUGGAUUCCUGUUUGGGAGCUGAGGCUGGAGCUGUGGCUGGAGCUGAGGCCAGGCAGGAGUCUUGGUUGUGGGAUGGAGAUGUAGCCACUACAGGGUCUAGGCUUGGGGCUAGGGCAGAGGCUAGUGGGCGGUCCUGGACUUUGGCUGGAGAUGUAGAUGAGGAUGAGCUAAGUAGAGCAUCCAGCCCUGAUAUUGAGGAGAUCAGUUUAAGGUCCUUGUUUUGGGCUGACAGUGAGAACAGUAAUGCAGUCAGAUCCAAGUGUGAGAAAGAUGUCAGCUUUGAGCGUGGGGCUAGACAUAAGGUCAGCAACAAGGACAAGCUGGAGGCUGCUGGUGGAGUCGAUGUAAAGUCUUGUUCCUGGGAUGGUAAAAGAAACAGAAGUGAGGAUAAAUCUGUGCCUAAGACUAAAGCCAAAAAGGCAGCUGAGUCAAGAGUCUCAUGUCCAUCCAUGGUCCCUGGGGCAGGAAUGGGGUCAUGGGCAGGAGCCAUGAUCUGGACAGAAAUGAAAUUUCCAUACCAAAAUGAGUCUUGCUUCCCACCUGAAGAUGAACUCAGAAAGCAAAUUAGGUCUGGGGAGAAAACUCAGCCCUGGGUUUGCCGUUGUAAACGUGAAAAUAACGUGGAUCCACGAGAGCUCGAAAAACUCAUUUGCAUGAUUGAGAUGACUGAAGAUCCUUCUAUUCAUGAAAUAGCCAAUAAUGCUCUAUAUAACAGUCGUGAUUACCCAUUUUCCCAUGAAAUAAUUCGUAAUGCAGGUAGAAUCUCAAUUAUUGAAGGCUUGCUUAAUAAUCCCUACCCCAGUGUUAGGCAGAAGGCUUUAAAUGCACUGAAUAAUAUCUCAGUGGCUGCUGAAAACCAUAGGAAGGUUAAAACCUACUUAAAUCAAGUAUGUGAAGACACCAUCACCUAUCCCUUGAAUUCAAAUGUGCAGCUGGCUGGACUGAGACUGAUAAAGCACCUGACUAUUAUCAGUGAGUAUCAGCACAUGGUUACAAAUUACAUUUCAGAGUUUCUUCGUUUGUUAACUGUGGGAAGUGGAGAAACUAAAGACCAUAUUUUGGGAAUGCUUUUAAAUUUCUCUAAAAAUCCCUCUAUGACAAAGGACUUGCUCAUUGCCAAUGCACCAGCAUCACUGAUUAAUAUCUUUAGCAAGAAAGAGACAAAGGAGAAUAUUCUUAAUGCUCUUUCACUAUUUGAAAAUAUAAAUUACCAUUUUAAAAGAAGAGCAAAAGUAUUUACCCAAGACAAGUUCAGUAAAAAUUCCCUUUAUUUCAUAUUCCAACGACCUAAAGCAUGUGCCAAGAAACUUCGCAUCUUAGCGGCAGAAUACAAUGACCCUGAGGUGAAAGAAAGAGUUGAGCUGUUUUUAAGUAAACUAUGAUUAGUUGUAAUUUUCCAAACAAAUUUGAGUAAUAUUUUGGUUUUGCAGCUUGGAAGUAAUGCACAUUGUAAAUCGCAUUAUAAUUUCUAAAGAUGUUGCUUAUGAUGGUCGAUAGCUGGACCAUUUUAUGAACACCAAAUGAAUUCAAUCUUGUACUGAAAAUACAUGUGUUGAUUUUUACCUUGUCUGGAUUGAGAUAUUUUUGGUAUGCUUCAUGAGCAGAAACUGAAUUGAUUCUUCAUAAGUAAUCUUUGGUCCUUUGUGUGGACUUACGUUUAUACAUUUGAGACUUUAUUUUUAUGUCAUCAAUAAAGUUGUGUGUUUUAA